AUGGACACAGGGGAGCUCGUUGUUGCAGUCAUGGGGCCUACCGGCAGCGGAAAAACAACUUUCGUCAACGUCGCCAGUGGUAGCAAUUUCCUCGUCGGUCAAGGUCUUGGAUCGACCACAGAGCAUGCCUGCAUGACGGGCACCUUUCAACUCGAUGGUCAUCCAGUACGGCUGGUCGAUACUCCAGGAUUUGAUGACACAACGCGCACUGAUCUUGAUAUUCUGAGGACCAUCGCAGAUUAUUUGACUUCGGCGUACAAGGAAGGGAAGACGCUCGCGGGCGUCAUAUACAUCCACCGCAUCUCCGACGUCCGCAUGAGUGGCGUGUCGCGCAAGAACUUCAAGAUGUUUCGCAAGAUCUGCGGCGAGCGCACCCUGAAGAACGUUGUCGUCAUGACAAACAUGUGGGGGUCGGUCAACGCAUCGAUCGCCGAGGCACGCGAAAGGGAGUUGGCGACUGAGGAGCUCUGCUUCAAGCCUGUGUUGGACGCAGGCGCAAAGAUGCUGAGACACUACGGUACGCGCGAUUCUGCGCACGAGGUGCUGAGGCAUAUCGUUAGCAACCAUGCCGGGUCGGUCGUUCUUGACCUCCAGAGAGAGCUGGUCAUCGAACAUAAGAGCUUGGAACAGACAUCUGCAGCGGAUGCUUGCAAGGAUGAGGCAGCUAAAGAGGCUGAGAGACGCCAUCAGGAGGAACUGGAAAGGAGCAAGCGAGAAAUGGAAGGCAUGUCGUCUGUACGAGUCGCAUAUGCUUGA